AUGUACGGCCGAUCAAACGUUCGACCUGUCGGUCGUCCAGCCGCGGCAAGUAAUCGAACAACAGCUCGAGCUCCUGUUAAUGUAGGUUCGAGUGGUGGAUCAAUGGGAUCAUCACAACCUGUUGCACGAGGAUCAACAAAUCGGUAUGUAGAUGAAUCACCUCCAGCACAAGUUCGUAAUGCUGGUAGACAACAAAAACCAGCAGGUGGCGGUCAAGGAUAUGGGGAAUAUGAUUAUUUAUAUAAGAAUACUCCUGGAAGAGGUGAACAGUCACCAACUAUGCCUCAAUUUGUUCUAUGUUAUGUUUGUGGACGAAAAUAUGGAACACAAUCGAUUGAAAUUCAUGAACCACAAUGUUUAGAAAAAUGGCAUGUUGAAAAUGCUAAAUUACCUCCAAAUUUACGCCGUCCUCCACCACGCAAGCCUGAUGUUCAUAUUGGCAGUGGUGAUAGUUAUACACUUGAUCAAAUCAAUGAUGCGGCUUAUGAAGCAUCGAAAUCUCAACUUAUUCCAUGUGAUAAUUGUGGACGUAAGUUUGCUGCUGAUCGUAUUCAAGUUCAUCAACGAAGUUGUAAGCCAGGUCAUGCAUCCAAACCUAUUGGAGUAUCUAGUGGUACUGAUGGGAGAAUGGCUGAGCGAUCUAAUCAACCAAGAGGAAACUCCUCAUAUGAUGAUCAUGAUGAUACACCGAUAAAUCAUUCCACACGACGUGGUGGAGGAGGAGGUAGUACAUUUCAAAAUAGUGGUUCGUCGGGUAGUGCUGGUCUUUAUCCAUGUUCUGUAUGCCAUCGAAAUUUUUCAAGUGAUCGUAUUCAACAACAUGAAGCAGCAUGUAUGAAAUCUCAUAAACAACGUCGUGUAUUUGAUUCAACUAAACAACGAUUACAAGGAACAGAAGCAGCAUCUUAUUAUCGUAAAGGAAAAGGACGAAAUGAACCCGCUAAACCUCAAAUUCCGAAAUCAAAUUGGAAACAAAAACAUGAAGAUUUUAUUCGAUCUAUUCGUUAUGCCAAACAAGCCUCGAGUUAUGAGAAAUCAGGAGGUCGUCUAGCUGAUUUACCACCACCACCUGCUUCUAUGAAUCCGGAUUAUAUUCAAUGUCCACAUUGUGGACGUAACUAUGCACCAGGAGUAGCUGAACGACAUAUUCCAAAAUGUGUCAAUAUUCAGAAUAAACCAAGACCACCACCAGGUGUCAAUCGAAUGGGAACUCAACAACGUGUAGGUGCUGGUAAUACUCGUACACCUAUAAAUAAUUAUAGCAGUAGCUCUGGUGGUUUUGGCAAUAAUGCCCCUUAUCCACCGCCAAAUAGAUCAACACGUGGUGGCCGUUAUUAA